AUGCGUAAAAGUAUUGUUUUGAAGUCUCGUAUUCUACCUGUAGAAGGUAUACGUAAUAGGUUUUCUAAUAAAAUAGAGCUCGUUGAAAAGAUAUAUGAUGCAAAUAUAUUGUUUGUUAUUGUAGCCCAAUAUUCUAUAAUAUGUCCAACAGCCAUUUGGAACAACACUUUCACGGUGAUUGCAGGUAUAACAGGAGUAGGAGGAGGUGGGACUGCCUUAUUGAAUGGUCCUCUUGAUAUAUUUUACACCGGAAAUAAUACGUUUUAUAUUGCUGAUUACUAUAACAAUCGAAUUCAAAAGUUUGCUGAUGGAUCAGCAAGAGCAACAACAGUUACGAAUUUAACUCUUUCUAAUCCGAGCAGUGUUCAUGUUACCAAUAAUGGUGAUAUAUACGUUUUGGAUACCAGCAAUUAUAGAGUUGUUCAAUGGGUUAACAAUGUCGUUACAGUAGUAGCUGGUGGUCGCGGUUCUGGUUCGGGACUAAAUCAGAUAACGACGAGUCACGCAAUGCACGUCGAUGCUAAUUCCAAUAUAUACGUAUCAGAAUAUUUGAAUCAUCGAGUUACUUUAUGGACUGCUGGCAAUCCAAACAUCAGUCAAGUGGUGGCUGGUGGAUAUGGAGUUGGUAGCUCAUCAGAUAAACUUAAUAAUCCGUAUGGAAUAUACGUUGACAACAGUGGUACAUUAUUUAUUGCCGAUGCUAGCAACCAUCGUAUUCAAAAAUGGCCUUCAGGCGCAGUUGUUGGUACUACUGUUGCAGGUCAAACUGGUGCUUCCGGUAGUUUGUCGUAUCAAUUGAAUUAUCCGACACAUGUCAUGAUGGAUCAAUAUGGUUAUCUGUAUAUAAUGGAUGCUAAUAAUAACAGAAUUCAAAAAUGGUUUCCGGGAGCAACAUAUGGAGUAACUGUUGUGUCAUCAAGUAGCAUGAACGAUCCACGAGCAAUACGUUUUGAUCCUUAUGGUAAUAUAGUUGUGGCUGAUCAUACUUCUGAUCGAGUUAUUUCAUUUGCCAUGCUAUGUCCACCAAACGCAACGACAACUGUAGCACCAACACCACAACCAAUUAUUCCAGUAUGUCAAACAGCUGUGUGGAAUCAAUCAUUUACAGUCAAAGCUGGAUCAACAGGAAAUGCACAAUCAUCAGAAACAACACUCAACACUCCUCAUAAUAUAUAUAUCGAUACCUAUGGGAAUUUGUACGUCGCUGAUUGUACCAAUCACAGAAUUCAAAGAUUUCCACGCGGCUCAAUGUUUGGUACAACAGUAGCUGGUAUCUCAGCUAGUCUUGGUUCCAGUUAUUCCCAUCUUUACUAUCCAACAUCAAUAUAUGUUGAUCCAAGCAAUGCAAUGUACAUAUUAGAUUGGAGCAAUUGCAGAGUGUUGCAAUGGCAACUAGGUGAUCCACUUGGUUUUGUUGUUGCUGGUGGUCAUGGAUGUGGUGGAGCAUUGACUCAAAUAGACAAUAGCUAUGGUUUGUUUGUUGAUAGUCAAAGUAAUAUUUAUAUAUCAGAUUAUCGAAACCAUCGAGUCGUGAAAUGGAAUCCAACCAAUACCACUUCUGGAUUCUUGGUCGCUGGUGGAAAUGGUCUUGGUACCACCGCAGAACGAUUAAAUUAUCCAUGGGGAGUUUAUGUCGAUAGUAAUCAAGGUGUAUAUGUCGUUGAUCAUUCAAAUCAUAGAGUUCAAUUCUGGGCAUCUGGAACAACAUCAGGUGUUACUGUCGCCGGUAUGACUAGUAUUUCAGGUCCAUGGUCUUAUCAAUUUACCAAUCCAACUGCAAUCACUUUCGAUUCAAAUGGCUACAUGUAUGUUUUGGAUACUGGAAAUAAUCGAGUUCAACAAUGGUGGCCUGGAGCUGCCUAUGGAAAAACUGUUGUAGCAGCAUCAUUGAAUUCUGCAUAUGGAUUACAAAUUGACCACAAUGCGGCUUCAACUACAACAACGACUCUACCACCAACUACACCAACUACUCAAUUAUGUGCAACAGCUACUUGGAAUGCAACAGUUAAUGUUCGAGCUGGAAUUACAGGAACUAUAGGAACAUCAACUACUUUGCUAAGGUAUCCAUCUAAUACGUAUUUUGAUGGAUAUCAAAAUAUGUAUGUUGUUGAUACUUCUAAUCACAGAAUUCAAUUAUUCGCAUCAGGAUCGUAUACAAGCACAACUGUUGCUGGUAAUUCUGGUUCUGCUGGUAGUGGAUAUUCAGAACUUAACAAUCCAUCUGCUAUUUAUGUUGAUGCAAACAGAAUAAUGUAUAUCUUAGAUACUGCAAACUAUCGAGUUUUAAAAUGGACAUUAGGAGAACCACUAGGUUAUGUUGUUGCUGGUGGUCAAUCAUGGGGUUCAGCAUUAACUCAAAUUUCAACAAGUUAUGGUAUGUUUGUUGAUAAUCAAUAUAAUAUUUGGGUGUCGGACAGUGGUAACAAUCGUGUCACUUUUUGGUCGGUGGCUGGUGGAAAUGGUGCUGGUAGUACACCAGAAAAAUUAAAUAAUCCAUGGGGAAUAUAUGUUGAUGCAAAUCAAGCAGCGUUUAUAGUUGAUAGAAAUAAUCAUCGUGUACAACGUUGGGAUAAUGGAGUACUUAGUGGUGUUACUGUUGCUGGUACAACUGGUAGUUCAGGUCCUUGGUCUUAUCAAUUCAGUAGUCCUACAGCAGUCAUGCUUGAUCCGGCUGGUUUUAUAUACGUUUUAGAUUCUGGUAAUGCACGAAUUCAAAAAUGGUGGCCCGGUGCACUUUAUGGAGCAACAGUUUUUGCAGCAUCAUUUGCUACGCCACUUGGAAUGCAACUUGAUCGUCUUAAUAAUCUUGUUGUAACUGAUACAAAUAAUCAUCGAAUUGUUUCUUUUGGUCUUCUAUGCCCUUCAACAACAUCUCAAAUAUGUGCCACAGCUGUUUGGAAUGAAGCUUCUUCACCGUUAGCUGGAAUAUCAGGAACUUUGGGUUCAUCAACAACACAACUUUAUAAUCCAUAUGAUAUUGCUUUUGAUGGAUAUCUUAAUUUAUAUGUGGCCGAUUAUACUAAUCAUAGAAUCCAACUAUUUAGUUCAGAAUCAUCGAUUGGAACAACAGUAGCUGGCCAGUCAGGUGCUGCUGGUAGUGGAUAUUCACAACUCAACAAUCCAUCUGCUAUUUAUAUCGAUGCAAGAAGAACAAUGUACAUAUUAGAUACUUCAAACUAUAGAGUUUUGAAAUGGGCAUUUGGAGAUCCAUUAGGUUAUGUUGUUGCUGGUGGUCAAUCGUGGGGUUCAGCAUUAACUCAAAUUACAACAAGUUAUGCAAUGUUUGUUGAUAAUCAAGGCAACGUUUAUGUAUCAGAAUAUGGCAAUCAUCGUGUCACUCUGUGGUUAACAACUAAUACAACUACUGGAAUAUUGGUGGCUGGUGGAAAUGGUGCUGGUAGUACAUCACAAAAGUUAAAUAGUCCUUGGGGAAUUUAUGUCGAUGUGAACAGUACCAUCUUCAUAGUUGAUAAAGCCAAUCAUCGAGUACAACGCUGGGAUUCAGGGGCGUUGACCGGUGUUACUGUUGCUGGUUCAAGUGGAAAUGGAGGUCCAUAUGCUUAUCAAUUUAAUAAUCCCACUGGAAUCACAUUUGAUCAAUAUGGUUAUAUGUAUGUGUUGGACACAGGAAAUUCACGCGUUCAACGUUGGUUUCCAGAAGCCACUUAUGGAGUCACAGUCGUAGCCACAUCGAUGAGUACUCCAUAUGGAAUUGAAGUUGGUCCUCGUGGUGAAUUAAUUAUAGCUGAUACAGGCAACCAUUGUAUUUUAUCUUUUGUCAUGUCAUGUCCACCGCCAUCUACAACAACAACUGUACCACCAACCCAAGGAAUGACUCAAGUAUGUGCUACAGCAGCAUGGAAUCAAGCAUAUACUACUAUAGCUGGAUCAAUGUCAACUGCAGGAUCAACAACAACUCAACUCAAUAGCCCAUCUGAUAUAGGUUUUGAUGGAUAUCAGAAUAUGUAUGUUGUUGACACUAAUAAUCAUCGAAUUCAACGUUUUCCAUCAGGAUCAAAUGUUGGAACAACAGUAGCCGGUGUAUCAGGUUCUGCUGGUAACAGACUGGCAGAACUCUCUUCUCCAUCUUCAAUAUAUGUUACUUCAAAUCAAACGAUGUUUAUAUUAGAUACAAACAACUAUCGAGUUUUAAAAUGGCAAGUUGGCAAUCCAUUUGGAUACAUAGUUGCUGGUGGUCAAGGUUUAUGUUCAACAUUCAAUUGCAUUGGAACAAGCAAUUCUUUAUUCGUCGACAAUCAAUAUAAUACUUAUGUGUCCGAAAGUAGUAAUAAUCGAGUGACAAUAUGGCAAGUCACUAAUACAAGUGUCGGACAAUUAGUAGCUGGUGGAAAUGGUGCUGGUAAUACAGCAGAUAAGCUUAACUCUCCAUGGGGCAUUUAUGUCGAUGUCAACGGAAGAAUAUUUGUUGUCGAUCGAAAUAAUCACAGAGUACAAAGAUGGGAUGUGGGUGCUGCUAUUGGUGUUACUGUUGCUGGAUCGACGAGUGAUCCAGGUCCAUGGGCAUAUCAAUUUAGUAGUCCAACAGCAAUCACACUUGAUCAAUAUGGUUAUAUAUACGUUUUGGAUUACAACAAUGAUCGUGUGCAAAAAUGGGUUUCGGGAGCAAGUUUUGGUAUUACUGUGGUUGCAACAAAUUUGGGCAAUCCAAGUGGAAUGCGAUUUGAUCGUCAAAGUAAUAUAGUUGUCACUGAUACAACUAAUCAUCGAAUUUUAUCAUUUGGACUCACAUGUCCACCUGCUACAACAACAACUAUAGCGCCUCCAACUCAAGCAAUUGUACCAUUAUGUGCAACAGCUAUGUGGAAUCAAUCAUCUUCUAAUUUAGCCGGAGCCAUGUCUACAUCAGGAACUACAUCGACUUUACUCGCUUAUCCAUAUGAUAUUGAUUUUGAUGGAUAUCGAUACAUGUAUGUUGCUGAUAGGAAUAAUCAUCGUAUACAAAGAUUUGCCCCAGGCUCAAAUAUUGGUGUAAAUGUCGCUGGUUUCUCUCUUGGAUCUGGUGUAUCACGUUCUGAACUUUAUUAUCCUUCAGCCAUUGCAGUAUCAUCAAAUGGAACAAUGUUUAUUUUAGACACUUAUAGUUUUCGUGUUUUAAAAUGGCAACUUGGAGAUGCAUUAGGCUAUAUAGUUGCUGGUGGUCAUGGUCAAGGUUCAGCAUAUACUCAGAUGGAUUAUAGUUAUGGAAUAUUUGCUGAUGAUCAAUAUAAUAUUUAUUUAUCUGAACAAGUAAAUUGUCGAGUAAUGUUUUGGUCUGCAAGUAAUACAAGUGCAGGACAAUUGGUUGCUGGUGGAAAUGGUGCUGGUAACACAGCCGAUAAACUUAAUUCUCCAUGGGGUAUUUAUGUUAAUGUCAACAGAUCAAUUUUUGUUGUCGAUCGAAGUAAUCACAGAGUACAAAGAUGGGACUUAAGUGCUGCCAGUGGUGUUACUGUUGCUGGAUCGACGAGUGAUCCAGGUCCAUGGUCAUAUCAAUUUAGUAGUCCAACAGCAAUUACACUCGAUCAAUAUGGUUAUAUAUACGUAUUGGAUUAUAAUAAUAACCGAGUACAAAAAUGGUGGCCCGGAGCUAGUUAUGGCACGACUAUUAUCACAGCACAGUUUUCCAAUCCGACUGGAAUGAAAAUUGAUCAUCUUGGUAAUAUUGUUGUCGCAGAUGCAUCCAAUCAUCGAGUCUUAUCUUUUCCUAUCGCAUGUCCGGCUCCAACAACGACAACUACAGCACCACCAUUUCCAACAACAAGUCCCUUAUGUGCAACAGCGGCAUGGAAUCAAUCACUUUCUAUUGUGGCUGGUGCAACAUCAAAUGCGGGAUCCACAUCAACGUUACUUAAUUAUCCGUAUUAUGUAGCUUUCGAUGGAUAUCGUAAUAUGUAUGUUGUUGAUUACAACAAUCAUAGAGUGCAAUUAUAUCAAGAAGGUUCAUCUACUGGAAGAACAGUAGCUGGAUUUUCACUUUCAUCUGGUGCAUCACGCGCAGAACUCUAUUAUCCAGUAGCCAUUCGUGUUACACACAAUCAAACUAUGUUUAUCUUGGAUAGAAGUAAUUAUAGAGUGUUUCGUUGGCAAGUUGGAGACCAACUUGGCUAUGUUAUAGCUGGAGGCCAUGGAGUAGGAGCAGCAUUUACUCAAAUUGGAACAAGCUAUGAUAUAUUUCUCGAUUCUCAGUACAAUAUUUAUGUUUCGGAAUAUGAUAAUCAUCGAAUAACACUUUGGUCUAAUGGUAAUACGACUGCUGGAAGACUGGUGGCCGGUGGAAAUGGUGCUGGUAGUACUGCAGAUAAACUCAAUGGACCAUGGGGAAUAUAUGUUGAUGCCUCGAAUACAAUAUAUAUCGUCGAUCGUUCAAAUCAUAGAGUUCAACGAUGGCUUUUCGGAGCAAGUUUUGGUGAUACAGUCGCGGGUUCAACUAGUGAUGCUGGUCCAUGGUCAUAUCAGUUAAGUAGUCCAACAACAAUUACAAUGGAUAUAUAUGGAUACAUUUAUAUAAUGGAUUAUAGCAAUACUCGUGUACAAAAAUGGUGGCCUGGAGCAUCCUAUGGCAGCACUGUAGCAUCAGCAGCAUUGGGCAAUGCGUAUGGAUUAGCAUUGGAUCUUCUUGGUGACAUAGUUGUAGCUGAUACAUCAAAUUCUCGAGUCGUGAAAUUUAGUUUAGUGUGCCUCGCCACAACAACAACAACUGCAGCACCAGCAACUCAGCCAAUUAUUCCAUUGUGUCCAACAGCUGCUUGGAAUCAAUCAUUUUCUAUUGGAGCUGGCGCCACAUCAGCUCCAGGUAAUACAGCAACAUUAAUAAACAGUCCAUAUGAUAUUGCUUUUGAUGGAUAUGAUAAUAUGUAUGUUGCCGAUUUUAAUAAUAACCGAAUACAGAAAUUUCCAUACGGAUCGUUUGUUGGUUCAACGGUAGCUGGUUUUACACUUACAGCUGGUUCGACACGUGCGCAACUGUAUUAUCCAACAGCCAUUGCUGUUUCACCAAAUGGUACAAUGUUUAUUGUGGAUCAUUAUAAUUUUCGUGUUUUAAAAUGGCAAGAUGAAGAUCCACUAGGCUAUGUAGUUGCUGGUGGUCGUGGUCUAGGUUCAACAUAUGAUAAGUUAGGAUAUUGUGCUGGUAUAUUUGUCGAUGAACACUACAAUGUUUAUGUGUCAGACAAUUCAAAUAAUCGAGUAACUAUUUGGUAUGCUGGUAAUACAACAGCAGGAGUAUUGGUGGCUGGUGGAAAUGGUGUUGGAAGUACUGCAGAUAAAUUAAAUGGACCAUGGGGUGUAUAUGUUGAUGUUAAUGGAUCAAUUUACAUUGCUGAUCGAAACAACCAUCGAGUUCAAUUAUGGAUUGCAGGUGGAAAUGCUGGAAUAACGGUUGCUGGAACAACUGGUAGUGUAGGUACAUGGUCAUAUCAACUCAGUAGUCCAACAGCUGUAACUUUAGAUCAGUAUGGUAACUUGUAUGUACUAGAUCAAGGCAAUAACAGAGUCCAAAAAUGGUUUCCAGGAGCAACGUAUGGAACAACUGUUAUAUCGGCAACUAUGAGUAGUCCAUAUGGUAUGAGAAUCGAUCGUUUUGGUAAUAUGUUUAUCACUGAUACAGGUUAUCAUCGCGUUUUAUCGUUUACAUUGAUAUGCCCAUCAUCUACUACAACAACAAUAGCACCACCAACCCAAACAACAGUUCCACUUUGUUCAACUGCGUCAUGGAAUUCAUCAUUUACUACGAUAGCUGGUGCAAUAUCAAAUCCAGGAUCUACAUCAACUUUAUUUUCUUCUCCAUAUGACAUGACUUUUGAUGGAUAUCAAAAUAUGUACGUGGCCGAUAAUAACAAUCAUAGAAUUCAACGGCUUCCAGCUGGAUCAAAUAUUGGCCAAACUGUAGCCGGUAUUGCAUUUACAUCGGGUAGUGGACUUUCUGAACUUUCAUAUCCAACAGCAAUCUCUGUUGCUCCUAAUGGAGUAAUGUACAUAUUAGAUAGUAAUAACUAUCGAGUACUUAAAUGGCAACUUGGAGAUCCACUUGGUGCUCUCGUUGUUGGUGGUCGAGGUUCUGGUACUGCACUUAAUCAAAUAGCUUUAAGUAAUGGAAUGUUUGUUGAUAAUCAAUAUAAUGUUUAUGUAUCGGAAACUGCUAAUAAUCGGGUUACAAAAUGGUUUAAUGGAAAUACAACUGCUGGUAUAUUGGUUGCUGGUGGUAAUGGUCUCGGUAGUACAUCAGAUAAAUUAAGUGGACCUUGGGGAAUCUAUGUUGAUAGUAGCAAUACACUUUAUGUCGUUGAUCGUGGUAAUCAUCGCGUACAAAAAUGGAUAUCGGGUGCUCCUCUUGGUGUUACUGUUGCUGGAUCAACUAGUGAUCCAGGUCCAUGGGUUUAUCAGUUCAACAAUCCAACAUCAAUCACAUUUGAUCAAUAUGGUUAUAUGUACGUUCUAGAUCAAGGCAACAACAGAGUUCAAAAAUGGUUUCCAGGAGCGGUUUAUGGAACAACUAUCAUAAGUGCAACAAUGAGUAGUCCAAAAGGAAUGCAAUGGGAUCUAUUAGGGAAUUUGGUUGUAGCUGAUACAUCAUUUCAUCGAAUUAUUUCUUUUCCUGUUACAUGUCCGUCGUCAACUACAACGGCUGCACCACCAUCAACUCUACCAGUUGUUCCAAUGUGUGCAACAGCUUCUUGGAAUCAGACAUAUUCUCUUAGAGCCGGUUCAACAUCAACUACAGGAACUAUAGCAACCUUAUUUAACAGUCCAUACGAUGUUGCUUUUGAUGCAUAUGAAAAUAUGUAUAUAGUUGAUUCAUCUAAUCACCGUAUUCAACUUUUUCAACCAGGCUCAAGUAACGCAAUAACUAUUGCUGGUAGUACAGGUUCUCCUGCUGCUGCACGGUCUCAACUCAACACUCCCUAUGCGAUACGUGUUACUGCAACUGGAGUAAUGUAUAUUUUAGAUGGUGCCAACAAUAGAGUGCUUCGUUGGCAAGCAGGAAAUCCAGUUGGUUAUAUUGUAGCUGGUGGACAAGGUUCUGGUGCCGCAUAUACUCAGAUAGGAACAAGUUAUGCUUUAUUUCUUGAUAGUCAAUACAAUAUCUAUGUAUCGGAAUCCAGUAAUAACAGAGUCACAAAGUGGACUGCAGGCAAUACAACUGCUAGUAUUUUGGCGGCUGGUGGUAAUGGCGUCGGAAGUACAGCAGAUAAAUUAAAUGGACCAUGGGGAAUCUAUGUUGAUAGUAGUAAUGCUGUAUUUGUCGUCGAUCGAAAUAACCAACGAGUACAACAAUGGAGUUAUGGAUCAACAAUCGGUAUUACUGUCGCUGGAACAACUGGUAGUUCAGGUCCAUGGUCUUAUCAAUUCAGUAAUCCAACAGCAAUAACUUUUGAUAUAUAUGGCUAUAUGUAUGUUUUGGAUACUGGCAAUAAUAGAGUCCAAAAAUGGUUUCCAGGAGCAAUCUAUGGUACAACUGUUAUAUCAACAACUAUGAGCACUCCAUAUGGCAUGACAUUUGAUCGUCUUGGCAAUAUUUUUAUUGCUGACACAUCUUUUCACAGAAUUUUGUCAUUUUCUCUAACAUGCCCUGCUACAACAACAACUCCACCACCAUUACCAACUCAAAUGGCAAUUACACUUUGUCCAACAGCGACAUGGAAUGCCACAUUUACUCAAAUAGCUGGUGGAACAGCAAUUGCAUCAUCUACACAAUAUCUAUUGUCUAGUCCAUACUAUGUUACUGUUGAUGCAUAUCAAAAUGUUUACGUAGUAGAUUAUGGUAAUCAUAGAAUUCAACGAUUUCCAUUGGGAUCUAUUGGUGGUGACACUGUAGCUGGUGUUUCAGCCGCUUCAGGUGCUGGAUUUUCUCAACUCAAUAAUCCAACAGCGAUCUAUGUUGAUUCUAGUGGAACAAUGUAUAUUUUGGAUAGUAACAACUAUAGAGUUCUCAAAUGGCAAGACAGAGAGCCACUUGGUACUGUCAUUGUUGGUGGUCGAGGUUCUGGCAGUACAUUUGAUAAAAUAGCUUUAAGUAAUGGAAUGUUUGUUGAUAAUCAAUAUAAUGUUUAUGUAUCUGAAACUGCUAAUAAUCGAGUUACAAAAUGGUUGAAUGGAAAUACAACUGCUGGUGUAUUGGUUGCUGGUGGUAAUGGUCUCGGUAGUACAUCAGAUAAAUUAAAUGGACCUUGGGGAAUCUAUGUUGAUAGUAGUAAUACAGUUUAUGUAGUUGAUCGUGGUAAUCACCGCGUGCAACAAUGGGUGUCAGGUUUUACUGCUGGUGUUACUGUUGCUGGAUCAACUAAUGAUCCAGGUCCAUGGUCGUAUCAAUUCAAUAAUCCAACAACAAUUACAUUCGAUCCAUAUGGUUCUAUGUUUGUGUUGGACUCUGGCAAUAAUCGAGUACAAAAAUGGUGGCCCGGAGGCAGUUUUGGUAUAACUGUGUUAUCAGCAACUUUGAAUGGUGCGCUAGGAAUGACUAUUGAUCGUGCUGGAAAUCUCUACGUGGCUGACACAGGCAAUCAACGAAUUGUGUUGUUUUCUGUAUGGUGCGCUACUGCAUCAACAACAACUCCAACACCACCUACUUCAACGACAACUCUUAUGUGCCCAAUAGCAGUUUGGAAUUCCAAUGCUACUAUCAUAACAGGUGCAACGGCAUAUUCAGGAUAUACACCAACAUUUGUCUUUGGUCCAUAUGGUGUUAAUUUCGAUGGAUAUCUAAAUAUGUAUAUUGCUGAUACUGGAAAUCACAGAAUUCAACAAUAUUCACCGAAUUCAAAUAUCGGAAGAACAGUAGCCGGUGUUACUAAUUCUUCUGGUACUUCACUGGCGCAAUUUAACAGUCCAUCAGCAGUUGCGUUUGAUUCAAAUGGAAUAAUGUAUAUAUUAGAUACAUUCAAUUAUCGAGUUUUGAAAUGGACCUUAGGUGAUACUUUUGGUACUGUAGCUGUUAAUGGUCGAGGAUCAGGUACAACGUUGGAUAAGAUUGGAGUCAGUUAUGCAAUGUUUAUCGACUAUCAAAAUAAUAUAUACGUAUCUGAAUAUGGCAAUCAUCGAGUCACCAAGUGGAUAGCAGGCAAUAAUACUAUUGGAGAAUUGGUGGCAGGUAUAUCAGUUCAAGGCAGCACUGCCGAUAAACUUAAUUAUCCUUAUGGAAUCUAUGUUGAUGCCAGUAGUGUCUUGUAUGUUGCCGAUCGAUCAAAUCAUCGAAUCCAAAAAUGGCCUGCUGGUGCUGCUGUUGGUAUUACCAUUGCUGGACAGAGUGCUACUCCAGGUGCUUGGUCUUAUCAAUUCAAUUCACCUACGGCAGUCAUAUUUGAUCAAUAUGGUUAUAUGUAUGUUAUGGAUGCUGGCAAUUCAAGAAUUCAAAAAUGGCUACCAGGAAUGACUUAUGGAGUAACAAUUGUAACAUCCUCAAUGGGUACACCUAUUGGAAUGAAUUUCGAUUCUUCGGGUAAUAUAGUUGUUGCUGAUACAUCUAAUAAUCGAAUUGUUUCAUUCAACGUUAUGUGUCGCAAUGCAACUGUAGUUACUUUACCACCUCCCACUUUACCUCCGAACCUAGCAUGUCAAACAGGUGUUUUUAAUACUAGCUGGAUAGUAGCGGCUGGUACUUCACCUACAUCUGGUUCAGGAGGAGCUUAUCUAAGCAGUCCUAUAGAUGUAUAUGUUGAUGGUAAUCAAAAUAUUUAUGUUGCUGAUUCUGCAAACAGUCGAAUUCAAAAAUUUCCACCAGCGGGAACAACAAUAGGACCACCAACUGGAAACACGGUAGCUGGUUUUACAGUAACUGGCGGUAGUGGAUAUUCAGAAUUAAAUAAUCCAACAGCAAUAUUUGUUGAUCUUAAUGGAGUCAUGUACAUUGCAGAUAAUGGAAAUUAUAGAAUUCAAAAAUGGUUACCAAAUCAACCAUUAGGUUUUACUGUAGCCGGAGGACGAGGUAAUGGAGCCACAUUCGAUAAAAUUGGAGUUGUUUAUGCAAUAUUUGUUGAUAAUGUUGGAAAUAUAUAUGUAUCAGAAUCUAGUAAUAAUCGUGUAACAUUAUGGUAUGCUUCAAAUACAACUGCUAGUCAAUUGAUUGCAGGUACUGGUACUGCUGGUACUGCACUAAAUCAAUUAAAUGCUCCUUGGGGAGUGUAUGUCGAUUUAAAUGCAGCAGUAUAUAUAUCCGAUCGAUCUAAUCAUAGAAUUGUAUCAUGGGCUGCAGGUGCCCCUGCUGGUGUAGUUAUUGCUGGUGUAACGGGUUCAGUUGGAUCAACAGCAAGUCUUUUAAGUUUUCCUACUGCAAUUACCCUUGACGAUAGCAAUUAUCUAUACGUUAUGGAUGCUGGUAAUAAUCGUGUUCAAAGAUUUUCUCCUGGUUCUUUAGUUGCUGAUACAAUUGUAUCAAUGGGUUUCAGCAAUCCAAGAGGAAUGCGACUUGAUUCGAUUAGUAAUAUUUAUAUUGCAGAUAUGAAUUAUCAUCGAAUCGACCUAUUUAUAUGUGUCUAUAAUGCUUCGACAACAACAGUAACAACAACAACCACUACAUCAGAAACAACAACAAGUGUUACGACUACAACGACAACUUCAGUAACUACUACGUCAGGUCUUUCUACGACCUCAGUAACUACAACAUCAGCAAUUACAUCUGCUACAACAUCACAUAUAAUAGUUACAACUGUAUCAGGUCCUGGAGGAACAACCACAUCAGGUGCUGGAGGAACAACAGCAGCAGGUGGUGCUGGAGGAACAACAGCGCCAGGUGGUGGUGGAGGUACAACAGCAGCAGGUGGUGGUGGUGGUAGUGGAACAACUGCAGCAGGUGGUAGUGGAACAACAGCAGCAGGUGGUGGUGGAGGGAAUACAGGCAGUCAGUCAUCUAACUCAGAAUCAAGUCAGGGUUCGUCGAACGCAGGUGCCAUAGCAGGUGGAGUUGCUGGCAGUAUAGCUGCUGUAGGACUUGUUGGCGUUGCUGCUUUCACAGCGAAAAACUUGCUUCUAAAAGGAGGUACGAGUGCUGUUCAAAGUGCUGUUACAAGCAAACAGAGUUUUCCUACGAAAUCAUCAAAUAUGCCAUCGUCACAACAACUAUCUAAUCAACCAACAAACAAUACGUCUGGUCCAAGUUCACAGUCGAGAACUGGAGCAAACGGUAAUUCAACAUUAAAUGGUAAACCCGAUGGAUUGUCGCCUUCUCAAAUAAAAGUUGAUAACACAUUCUAUAAUAUUCAUGUUAUCAAAUAA